AUGGAUUUCGAUUUGAAGCCACUUAUACUUUUCAACUUGGAAACUCUAGAAGCUCAGAAUCAAUUUUAUGACCAUAUCAGAGUAUUGCACGAACGAAGAAAUGAUGAAAGAGACCCCUUCGAAAGAGAAGAACAAACACGGCUCAUCCAUAAUGACAUUAUCGAGAGGAACCAUCGUUUGUAUCGCAAGUCUUGGAACUAUUUCGACACUCAUUUCAUGAGUGAAGAAGGGUUGGCAAUGUAUGCUGAAAGCGUUUAUGAAAUGAUGACUGAUGAUGAAUAUAUGGGUGUUAGAAAAUUCACGUUCAACACCGGUCGUGGAAUUCAUUCGCCCAACGGAGAACCUGCGAUUCAGAACCGUCUCUUGAAUAUGUUCCAAGGAAGACCCAGAUGUGACGUCAAAAUCGAUGAGUACAACGAAGGACUAGUCAUUUUGGAAUGUUGGUAG